AUGCUGAGGAUCGCAUCACUCUGGAAUAUCGGAUAUAUUUCACUCAUCGACCGUCGGGAUGGCACAAAUCUUACACUGUCGAACAAGCCUCUGAUUUCCAACAUCGAGACUCAAAGUCAAGGCCACCUUUCACGAAUCCGAGUUCACCGGUUUUGGUCUCUAUGCGCGAGGAAAGUAGUCGGUCAUAAGAACCAUUCUAGACUCCCUAACUUGGGCAAUCCUGUAUGUGGAGACCUUGAUGCAUUGACGGCACCCGAUAUGUCCAAUCUCGCAGACUUUGUGUGGCCGCUCGUUCGGAGACAAUCCAACUCGGAUGAUAACUCACUGAUUCGGGUCUUUUUUGGCGAGCACAAUUUCAACUACUUCUACGGAUGGGCAAUUCCAAUGAAGCAAGAAAGAGUGCUCGUGAUAUCAUGCUUCAUCAACGAGUCUACGUCUUGGCAAAGAUAA